GGCCCCGCCGAGGCCCUUGCGCCCCCGCCUCGGCGCGGGGGGACGCGCCCCAAAACUCCUUGAACUUCAGGGGCGGCCCCCGAAGCGGCGAAACUCUCAGGGACCCCCACCCCGGGCGGCUCCCCUCGACGACCUCCCCGCGCCAAACCCCCUGCCGGCCAGUGCCUGCCCUCCGAGGGCCUCGGGGUGGGGGGGCCCGGCCGGAGCUAACCGGCCCCAGCCCCGCUCCAGGCCACGAUGCUCAUGAGGAAAGUGCCCGUCUUCGUCCCGGCCUCCCCGUGGGGGCUGCGGCUGCCGCAGAAGUUCCUCUUCCUUCUCUUCCUCUCGGGCCUCGUCACCCUGUGCUUCGGGGCGCUCUUCCUGCUGCCCAACUCCUCUCGCCUCAAGCGCCUCUUCCUGGCCCCCCGGACCCAGCAGCCCGGCCUGGAGGUGGUGGCCGAAGUCGCCGGCCACCCUCUGGCCCGCGAGCAGGAGUCGCCUCCCAACCCGGCCCCCGCCGUGCCAGCCCCGGGUGAGGACGACGCCAGCAGCCAAGCCAAUGCCCGGCGCCGGAAAGGGUGGCUGCGGCGCACCCACCCCACCGGGACGCGCGAAAUGGCCACGGCGGCCCGGAGCAGCGGCAGCGCGGCCCUCAGACCCCAGGAGCCGAGCAUUCCGUUUAGCUUUGACUUCCACGCGUUCCAGAGCCGCCUCCUCCACCCGGUCCUGGGGACUAGGGCGGAUGAGAGUAAGGAGCCCCAGAGCCUAGUUCGAGCCCAGCGGGAGAAAAUCAAGGAGAUGAUGCAGUUCGCCUGGCAGAGCUACAAGCGUUACGCGAUGGGGAAAAACGAGCUCCGGCCACUCACGAAAGACGGCUACGAGGGCAGCAUGUUCGGAGGCCUCAGCGGGGCAACCAUCAUUGACUCCCUAGACACUCUCUACCUCAUGGAGCUGCAGGACGAGUUCCAGGAGGCCAAGGCUUGGGUUGAAGAGAACUUCCACCUGAACGUGAGUGGAGAAGCAUCCUUGUUUGAGGUGAACAUCCGGUACAUCGGGGGACUCCUCUCAGCCUUCUACCUGACGGGAGAAGAGGUGUUCCGAAUCAAGGCCAUCAAGCUGGGAGAGAAACUCCUGCCCGCCUUCAACACCCCCACGGGAAUCCCAAAAGGUGUUGUGAACUUCAAAAGCAGCUCCAACAGGAGCUGGGGCUGGGCCAUGGCAGGGAGCAGCAGCAUCCUGGCGGAGUUCGGGUCCUUGCACUUGGAGUUCUUACACCUCACCGAGCUCUCUGGCAACCAGGUGUUCGCAGAAAAGGUCAGGAACAUCCGGAAGGUCCUCAGGAAGAUUGACAAGCCCUUCGGCCUCUACCCCAACUUCCUCAGCCCAGUGAGCGGAAACUGGAUGCAACACCACGUCUCGGUUGGAGGACUCGGGGACAGUUUUUAUGAAUAUUUGAUCAAAUCCUGGUUGAUGUCGGCCAAGACAGAUGUGGAGGCUAAAGAUAUGUACUAUGAAGCCUUGGAGGCAAUAGAGACCCACCUGCUGAAUGUCUCUCCUGGGGGGCUGACCUACAUUGCCGAGUGGCGAGGGGGGAUUCUGGACCACAAGAUGGGGCACCUGGCCUGUUUCUCGGGGGGCAUGAUCGCCCUCGGCGCUGAGGAUGCCAAGGAAGAAAAGAGGGCCCGCUACCGAGAGCUCGCAGCCCAGAUCACCAAGACGUGCCACGAAUCGUACGCCCGCUCAGAUACCAAACUGGGGCCCGAGGCCUUCUGGUUUAACUCCGGCAGAGAGGCAGUGGCCACACAGCUGAGCGAGAGCUACUAUAUCCUGCGGCCUGAGGUGGUGGAGAGUUACAUGUACCUGUGGCGACAGACCCACGACCCCAUCUACAGGGAGUGGGGCUGGGAAGUGGUGACGGCCCUGGAGAAAUACUGUCGAACAGAAGCCGGUUUCUCCGGGAUCCAAGACGUGUACAGUAGCAUUCCCAACCACGACAACAAACAGCAGACCUUCUUUCUAGCGGAGACACUAAAGUAUCUCUAUCUUCUGUUCUCUGAAGACGAUGUGCUCUCCCUGGAAGACUGGGUGUUCAACACGGAGGCCCACCCCCUCCCCGUGAACCACUCGGACAGCCCCGGCAGGGGCGGGGGCCAACUCUGACCCCCACCUCCCUGCCGCUCCCGGGGCCCGGAGGGUCGCCUUGCCUUUUCAGGACUUGGGACUGUUCUCAAAGGGAUUGGGAACGUAGGCCCCAUUCUGGGCAGACCCAGGGCACAGGUGUCGGACCAGCAACUUCCUUUCCUCUGUGAGGAGACAGGACUUGGAGACGCAGCAAAUGUCGCACCAGGCCCAGACUUUCCUUCCUAUGGAGAAUUUCUAUGAAACCCACUCACUUGCCAUCCCAGGGCCCAAUGACUGGAGGUCUGCCUAUUGUCGCCAUGUAUUUGGGUCACUUCCGUUCAUGUGGGGAGGAUUUUUUUUUUUAAUUUGUUUUGCUUGGUUUUGCCUUUUCUCUGCAGUUGUGUUUUAUCACAGAUUAUAUGCUUUCAAAAUCAUGUGCUUUCACACGCAGUAUCGUCUUGAUGAACUAAACCUUAAAAGUGUUUGCAGACACAAACCUUGACCCUGUUUUCUAUAUUUUAAAUGCCUUUUGCCCAACAUGUACUAUACGUUCAACUAUGUGGCAUUUACCUUAUAAUUUGAGGAGGCGCUGCCUUUUGAUUUGGGCCUAAAUGUUAACGAAUCACUAGUGCUAUUUUCAUUAUUGUAAUGGAAAAAUCCGUAAACUUACAAUAAAAGAGUUUAUUGAAUAAGAAA